AUGGAAGCCAUCAACCAUUUGAGGGGGCUCUCUGUCCUGGCUACCAGUUUGGCCAAGGCAGUACCUCUUGCCCUUGUAGCUUACGUGCUGGCCAUUGUUGUCUACCGGGUAUGGUUUCAUCCUCUUGCCAAGUACCCCGGGCCGGUCCUGGCCAAGAUCACAAAUCUCUAUGCCGGAUACUAUGCAUGGACCGGAGGUCUCCAUGUAGAUAUGAUGCGUUGCCAUGAGAAAUAUGGUGACAUCGUUCGAUAUGCACCCAACCGAAUCUUGUUUAAUACUAAUACUGCUAUGAGGGAUAUCUACUCGUUCAGCAAGCAAUUCCAAAAGUCUGCCGACUAUGCGGCCAUGGUACACCGUGCACCUAAUACCCUUACUUUGAUUGACAAGAAACAGCAUGGUCGCAAGCGCCGCACCAUCGGCCAAGGAUUUGGAGACAAUUCCCUCCGUGGAUUUGAGGAUACUAUCAUGAACUUGGUGCGCACAUUCUGUGACGCCCUGUCUCAGGAUACCCCCACGGGCGAAUGGUCUCCACCGCAGAACAUGGCCAAGUGGUCCAACUAUUUAACCUUCGAUAUCAUGUCCAGUAUCAUUUUUGGAGAAAGUUUCGACCUACUCACAAACCCCAAAAACCGCCCAAUUGUCCAGGCCAUCGAAGACUCCAAUGUCCGUACUGGAGUUCUUCUACAAGCACCCGAAUUGUCGAUGCGCCGCCUUGAUCGCAAGCUUUUCCCCCAGGCAAUUGUUGGACGUAACAUGCUCAUUCGUUUUGUCAACCAACUGCUCCAGAAGCGCAUGUCUGCCAAGCCCUUGAAGCGUAACGAUGUAUUUUCUUUCCUUCUCGAUGCGGUGGAUCCCGAGACCAAACAGGGCUUCACCCCAGCUGAGAUUGGAGCGGAGAGUACCACCAUGAUUGUCGCCGGAUCCGAUACCACUUCCACUGCAAUUGCAUCAACCUUCUUUUACCUAUGCCGCAACCCUGAUGCUUAUGAGCGAGUCAAGAACGAGGUCCGCGCUGCUUUUGCCAACCCUAACGAUGUCACUCUUGGAGCCGAUCUUGCUGGCUGUGUCUAUCUCCGAGCUUGUAUCGAUGAGAGCCUUCGUAUGUCUCCUCCAGCCAGCAGCUCUCUAUUCCGAGAAGUUAUUCAGGAUGGUGUCACAAUCGACGGACACGUUAUCCCUCGUGGCUACGAUGUAGGUACCUGUAUCUAUGCCAUUCAGCACAAUGCGGAGUACUACCCCGAGCCAUAUGAAUUCCGUCCCGAACGCUGGCUCGACGAGCCCGACAAGGUUAAGAUCGCCCGCUCGGCAUUCACACCAUUCUCCCUUGGGCCCCGCAGUUGCUUAGGCAAGGGAUUAGCUCUUACUGAGCUGACACUGACCAUGGCUUAUCUGUUGACCAAGUUUGACUUCCGUUCUGCCCCCGGCAGUGAAAAUUUGGGCGGUGGUUCGGUCGCUGAGGGGCCUGGACGAUGCCAUGAAACCGAGUACCAGCUCCGUGAUCAUGUCACGGCGGCCAAGGAUGGACCGAUGGUGCAACUUCGCCUGCGCGAGUGA